UGCACUUUCGACUAUUUAAGUCAAAACCUUUUUCCUCGCCAUAUUUAGUAACAGGCAAAACAGUACGGAUGUAGUCUAGGGCUUACAACGAUAAGAUGGGACAACCUGGAGCCAUGAAGUCCUCGGGGGCAUUGGCUCCGUUAGCCCUAUUUAGUACUCUACUUUUUCUCGCACUUUAUGCCAAGACGGUCCUAGCGUUGUUUCUUGCAGAAGAUUUUGAAUCUGUAAGCCUUGAUAUGAAUGUUCACAGUGUGCACAAAAGAGUGAAUGAAAGAUUCCUCUCAGUGACUAUAGAUGCGAGUUUAGUGGCUGAAGAGAGGUUUAUGUACCUUCUUGGGUCACCAAAACUAAGAGCUCUUGCAAAAGCCUUGACUCCAGCGUUUUUACGAUUCGGCGGAACUAAACAAGAUUUCAUGAAAUUCAACCCGCAGAGUGAAUAUUUGUCAUCAAAGAGCAAUAGCAGAAAGUCUGUUCAUUAUCAAGGGUAUUCAUGUGACAGAUUUGAGCUGCCUCCAUUGUUAGAAGAUAAACUGAAGCAAGAAUGGACACUACAAACAUCACUCUUGCAUCAGGAAGAACUGCAGAGAAAAUAUAAAAAAGUAAAGUUCUCUGAAUAUGCUGUUGACCUGCUCUACUCCUUUGCAAACUGCUCUGGACUGGACCUGAUCUUUGGUUUGAACGCACUACUCCGAACGCCUGGAAACACCUGGGACAGCCAGAAUGCUGAGGUGCUAACGAGCUACUGUGAAUCCAGACACUACGUCAUGUCCUGGGAGCUAGGCAAUGAGCCCAAUAGCUAUGAGAAGAAGGCAGGAAUCAGAAUAGAUGGCCACCAGCUGGGACAGGAUUUCCUGCAUCUUCGAAACAUCCUACAGGAGUCUAAACUCUACCACUCAUCAGGGCUCUAUGGACCAGAUGUUGGUCAGCCACGAGAACACCACAAAGAUAUACUCACAGAGUUUUUAGAGACUGCAGCUGAUGCCAUUGAUGCAACAACCUGGCACCACUAUUAUGUCAAUGGUAGAGAUGCAUCUUUGGAAGAUUUCCUAGAUCCUCAAGUCCUUGAUACACUGGCUGUCAAAACUAAUGAGGUCCUUGAGACUGUGCUUUCUGUGUCUCCUAUGAAGAAAGUCUGGCUUGGAGAGACGAGCUCAGCAUAUGGUGGGGGUGCAAUGGGCCUCUCAGACACUUUUGUUGCUGGAUUUAUGUGGCUGGAUAAACUUGGACUUGCUGCUAAGAUGGGUUUGGAUGUUGUCAUGAGACAGGUGUUAAUUGGUUCUGGUACAUACCAUCUAGUAGAUGAUAAUCUCGAUCCACUUCCGGAUUACUGGCUGUCAGUGCUGUAUAAGAGACUUGUAGGACCUGAAGUUCUGAAAGCAGGAGUUCUCUCGAAUUCGGUGCCAAAACGGCUGUUACGGGUAUACCUUCACUGCACUAACAGAAACAGUUCAAGUUAUAGACAAGGAGCAGUUACCUUGUUCACCCUAAACCUAAGCAAACAUCAAAUCAACAUCAGUUUGCCAGCCCGCAUUUCCAACAGCAGCAUUAAGGCUUUUGUGCUCCAGUCAGCAGAGCCAGGGGAAAAGGGGCUGUAUUCCAGGGCUAUCAAGCUGAAUGGAGCGCUUCUCAAGAUGGUUGAUGAGCGAACACUCCCUCCUCUUAGUGGAGCAGAGGUGCCUCUCGGGGAACCUCUCAAGCUGCCUGGACUGUCUUUUGCCUUCUACAUUCUGCAACAAGCCCAUGCUGCUGUUUGCUGACAGCAUCUGGGAAUAUGACCUUAUCAGAAAUUUGUAGCUGGUCUGGCUUUCACGUCUGAGGAAAAUUGGUUAAAGAGCUUGAAAGUUUCAAACUUGAUGUAUAUUUUUGCCAAAUAACCUUAACCUUCAACUAUGUGAUUGUUUUAUUUAUUUAUUUUCUUCUGAAAGACUUUAAAAAAGCUUAUCACAGUGCAAUUUAAGAAAGAAUGUAAAUGUUUUGUUAAUGAGAUAAACACUGGAUUAGUUAUUACCUUAACAGAAUUAAAAU